UCCCAACAGUUCCAACACUGAAACGAUCAGCUUUUCAAUCAGAACUCAACAGAAAAAGUGCUUAUCAUUCACAAAGUUCAAGUACACGUUCCUCUCAUAUAUCGAUAAUUUAACCUUCAGGUUUCGUCCCCGGAAAGUAUAUUCAAAUAAAUUUCAAUGUCUGAACCUCAAUCAAAGAAGAGCAGGAUUGCCUCAUCCGACAGUACCAAUACCACAAAGAUGAGCUCCUUGGAACAGCUUAAGGCCGUUACUACAGUUGUCGCAGACACCGGUGAUUUUGAGGCCAUGAAAAUAUUCAAACCCACAGAUGCCACCACAAAUCCCUCUCUGAUAUUGGCGGCAGCCAAUUUACCGCAAUACAAGUCUCUGAUUGAAAAAGCUGCACACUUUGCCAACAAAACUGGAGGAACUUUGGAUGAGAAACUUGAAAACACAAUGGACAUGCUGUGUGUUCUAUUUGGAAUCGAAAUUCUGAAAAUUGUUCCAGGGAGGGUGUCAACUGAAGUAGACGCACGGUUAUCCUUUGAUACAGAAGCCAGUAUCGCAAAAGCACUAAAAAUUAUUGAACUGUACAAAAGUGAGGGAAUUUCCAAGGAGAGGGUCUUGAUAAAACUGGCUUCAACAUGGGAAGGUAUACAAGCAGCAAGGGUUCUCGAGAAAGACCACGGCGUCCAUUGCAACUUGACGCUUCUGUUCAACUUCGCGCAGGCCGUCGCAUGCGCAGAAGCUGGCGUCACGCUGAUAUCGCCUUUCGUGGGCCGCAUCCUCGAUUGGUACGUGGCCAACACCGGUACGGCUUCUUACGAGCCGGAAGCCGACCCUGGGGUCAUUUCCGUCACUAAGAUCUACAAUUACUAUAAGAAAUUCGGUUAUAAGACCGUCGUUAUGGGAGCUUCUUUUCGUAACAUUGGUGAAGUGAAAGCUCUGGCCGGCUGCGACCUCUUGACGAUCAGCCCCAAGCUGCUCGGCGAAUUGGAGAGCAGCAACGACCCCGUUCCGAAGAAACUGAGCAAGGAGUCGGCAAACAAACUGAAUUUGGAGAAGGUCGAGCUCACGGAAGCCACUUUCAGAUGGAUGCUGAACGAGGACCAGAUGGCGACGGAUAAGCUGUCGGAGGGAAUCAGGAAGUUUGCUGCCGAUUGCGUCAAACUGGAAGAGACCCUGAAGCCAGCGAUUCUGAAGUGUUUGUCCACUAGAUAAACGGUGAUAUUGAUUCAUGAAAUGGGAAGGGUAUAUUUUGGGAGAGAGGUUAAAUUUUUAUGAUCAGACAUUUUAUAUUUACUAACCACUAAUCAAUAAAAGAGUUUAUCUAUUUG